AUGCCGCCCCGCGCUGCCCUAAUCCGCUCGGCGCUGUGUCUCACGACCGCUAAACCGCGUCCGACGCCUACGCUCUUCUGCUUCCCCGGCCUUUCCUCGACGCCAUGGCACGACACGCAGUCGUUUGACUGGAUCCCGCGCCUCGAAGCCAACCGCGACGUCAUCACGAACGAGUUCCUCGCUCUUCAAGCACAGCGCCACCGCUCCGCCCAAUCGAGCGACUACAACGCGUCCAGCAACGAGCACCAGCUGCAUGCGGGUCAAUGGGACUGGCUCUCGUACGUGGCGCAAGGCCGGCGGCAAGCGGACUUUGCCGAGCAGUGCCCCGCGACCGUGCGCGUGUUAGAGAGCAUUCCGGGCUUUAUGGCGACUGUCCCGUUUGCCUAUGCGUUUUUCUCUAUUUUAAAGCCUGGGUCGAGUAUCAAGGCCCACUCGGCGCCGUGCAACAUUCGACUGCGGUGCCAUUUCCCGCUGAUUGUACCAGACGGCUGUGGCAUUCGAGUGGGCGACGAGACGCGGCAGUGGGAGGCAGGAAAAGCGCUCGUGUUCGACGACGCGUAUGACCACGAAGUGUGGCAUCGUGGAAGUGACGGCGACCGCGUGGUGCUGCUGUUCGACGUUUGGCACCCAGAGCUGGUGCAAGGCGAGCGUGAGGCUGUUGUCAGGAUGUUUGAGGACGCAAAGGAGAAGGGCUGGCUCAAGGAGUUCGAGUCGUAG